UGUUUAGUCCUUAUAUUGUGUGUUAAUCUUAAGAAAGAUAUAUUUGUUGACGCGAACUCAAAAUACUAAUGAAGCUAAAGUGGCUAAUUACUAGCUAGCUAGCUAACGUUGAAUGGAUGAACAUUAACUAUCAUUAGCUUAAUUAAGUUGAUCUUGAUUACACUCAAUGAAUGGUUCGCGUUGUCCUUUGCAUACUUAUUGUUAUCUGAUUAAAUUACCACCACAUUUGCAUUUGUUUAAGACAUUGUAGGUGUAACUUUAACGUUUGUCUGUUGAUGGAGCACAAACAUUCGAGCUCAACGAUACACCGACAUACAUGAUCUAACAGUUUAAACAUCCUCUAUCUUGUUACAGUGUUAAAGCUAUUGCAUGUUUACUGUUGUUGUUGUUGUGUCGUAUUGAGCUGCUGGAUCCUUUGACAGCACCGGGAGGAGCACAAAUGGCGGAGUGGAACAAGUUCUACCACAAUGAAGACGACGAAGAAGAGCAAGAGGAAGGAGAGCAAUCUGGAGGAGAUUCCAAGAUCACAGGGAGAGACAGUUUGGUCUUCUUGGUCGAUGCCUCCAAGGAAAUGUUCAUCAAUGGAGAAGACGGACAGCUCUCAAAGUUUGACAUGACCAUGCAGGUGGUGCGCAAUGUGUACACCAGUAAGAUCAUUAGCAGUCCCAAGGAUCUGAUGGCGUUGGUUUUCUAUGGUACGGAGCAGAGCAAAGAUCCCAGCAAGUCAUUCAAGCACGUCUACGUGUACCACGACCUCGAUAGCCCCGGUGCAAAGCGAGUGCAGGACGUGGACGCUCUGCGGGGGCUGAAAGGUGCCCAGCUAGCGGCAGAGACCAUGGGCAGCGGAAAGACGUCGUUCAGCGACGCCCUGUGGUGCUGCGCCAACCUCUACAGCGACAUCAAGCUGCGCCUCUCACACAAGCGGCUCAUGAUCUUCACCUGCAGGGAUGAACCACACGGGGGCGACAGUGGGAAAGACCGACAGGCUCGCACAAAGGCUGGUGACCUCAAAGAGACCGGCAUCGUCAUUGAUUUAAUGCAUCUGUUGAAACCCUUCGAUGUGGCGGCCUUCUUUCGUGACAUCAUAAGUCCACCGGAGGAUGAGAGCGAGUUGGGGCUGCAGCUGGAGCCCUGUGAAAAACUGGAGGAUCUCAACAAGAGGGUGCGGGCCAAAAAACUGGAGAAGAGAGCCAAUGCCAGGAUACACCUGUGUCUUGGUGAGGGCGUAAAUGUAGCUGUGGGACUAUAUUCAACUGUGAAAGCAGCUAGGAAACCAUCUCCCAUCAGUCUUUACAGGGAAACCAACGAGCCAGUCCACACCAAAACACGGACCUUCCACACUGAGACUGGCAGCCUGCUGCUGCCCAGUGAGAUCAAGAAAUCCCAGGUGUAUGGGAAGAAACAGAUCGUGAUGGAGAGGGACGAGGUGGACGCCAUAAAGAAGUUUGAAGAUCCUGCAAUGUUUCUCAUCGGAUUCAAACCGAUGGAGAGGCUCAAACGUCACCACCACAUCCGGCCUGCUGAAUUCCUCUAUCCCGAGGAGGACGAAGUGAAAGGCAGCGCGUGUCUGUUCUCCGCCUUGUUGACAAAGUGUCACGAGAGGAACGUGUUCGCCUUGUGCCGCUGCAUCUCCCGCCGGAACAUCCCGCCUCGAUUUGUUGCCCUGGUGCCUCAGAAAGAGGAGCUCGAUGAGGGGAAAGUACAGAUUUCAGCUUCAGGUUUCCACGUCAUCUACCUGCCGUACGCCGACGACAUUCGGACUCUGGAUCCUCCCGAGUGCCCAACGGCCUCGCAGAGUCAGGUGGACAAGAUGAAGGAGAUCGUCUCCAAGCUCCGCUUCAAAUACAGGAGCGAUGAUUUUGAGAAUCCAGCCCUCCAGCAGCAGUACAGGAACCUGGAGGCCUUGGCUCUGGAUAUGAUGGCUCCAGAGGACACCGAGGACCUCAUCAUGCCAAAGGUGGAGCAGAUGAACGACCGUCUGGGUCCCUUGGUGCAGGAGUUUAAAGACCUGGUCUAUCCCGCCGACUACAACCCUGAGGGCAAACCAGCUGCGAAACGCAAACCAGGUCCAGCAUCACAGAUACGAGCUGAGCAAAAUAGUAGUUUUCACAGCAGCUUAGCUGUUUUUGUUGUUGGUAUCACACGUUUGAAUUCUUCUUUCUCAUUCUUUCGACCGAAUGCUUUCUCCAUCAAUGAACCGGCAGCUGACGCCGGAGGCGGAGCCGAGAAGAAGCCCAAAGUGGAGGUGCCAGAAGACGAGCUGCGAGAACGCGCGCAGAACGGCACCCUGGGAAAGCUGACCGUGCCUGUGUUGAAGGAGGCCUGUAAGAAGUUUGGGGUUCACACCACCGGGAACAAGAAGCAGGAGCUGAUCGAUGCUCUGGUGGCCCAGCUGGGCCAAUGAGGAGUGAAGGAAUACAGCUCAGUGUGUCUGUUGUUGCACUUGGAACCAGAUGUAGGAACGUCUUCAGGCACUUUUUUUGAACUUGUGAAUUUUGGGUAAGACCGGGAUACUGUGUCCAAAGAAAAAAGCCUUUUUGCGAGUGUCCCACGUCACAUGAAUCAAGUCUGAAUGCAAAAAAAAUUGUUGAUACAUUUUGGUUAAUAAAACUCAAACCUUUUCCA